AUGCCUCCGCUGAAGCCCGCGGUAAGUAGCUGCAGAGGCCCCUGCACCAGAUCUCUGCCCCCGGCUAUCACCAUGGCCAGGAGCGGGUUCUGCGACUCCAAGCCACUGCUGGACUUGCACAAAAAGGCAGAUGAGAGGAGGGCCCCACUACGAACUUGGGCGAAUGCCUGUGGGUCUAUAGAUCGCUGUCAGCCUGUAGAAGAAGAGUCCAGGACGGCCCCGGUCAAACUGGAGCCAGAGCACAGAUGGGAACGAAGGCUAUCAGCACAAACCAGUGAAAGCAUCCUAAUGGGUUUCCAUGAAGACAGCAGGACAUGCAUGGCUGGUAGAGUUUUUUCUUCAUAUGCAGUGGAGGGCUGUGUAGAGGCUCCAGUGCUGCUAUACCCUCAUGGCCUGCAAGGACUUCACAGCCUCCAUGCUCUGGUUCCCAGUUUACUGAGACUCGAAGUAGAGACGGCGCUUGAGAAACUGGGCCUGUCGGAUCGAACGUAUGCCUGGGAGGUGUUCUUGGAUAUGAUGAAAACUCAAAUGCGAAACUCCCUCCCCAGUGCUGAUCUUUCCCGCCACUUCACUGAUGCCACUCGAGCGAUCCUGGUAGACUGGAUCAUUCGGGUCCAUGAGUUGCUGCAGUUCCAGGAAGAGACCCUCUAUCUGGCAGUACACCUCCUCAACCGCUCCCUUCGACAGCUGAAGGUGACCACAGCCAACCUGCAGCUCCUUGGCAUAAUUUGCCUCUUCCUUGCCGCAAAGAAAGAGGAGAGCCUCCUCCCAGAUGUGGCUGGACUCUGCAGCCUGAUGGACCACACCUACACAAAACGUCAGCUUCUGCGGAUGGAACGCAAAGUUCUGUGUGCGCUCAACUUUGAGGUCUCCCACUGUCCCCCGCUGCACUUCCUCCUCCUGUUUGCCUCUGUGGCUCGCUGUAGUGCUACGGUGGUGUGGAUGGCUCGUUAUCUGCUGGAGCUCUCUCUGCUGGAAGGCCAGUGUGUGGUGUUUCUGCCCGUACAGCUGGCUGGAGCAGCCCUCUGCCUGGCCCGCCAAGUUCUACAGGAGUGUUCAACACCAGAGGGAGAGGCUGCGUGGUGCCUGGCUUCCAGCAUCCACGUUGGCAGUGAGCCUACUCUGCUGAGGAUCAUGCAUAUUCUUGCUGGUGCUGCAGCUAAAGCCAGCACACAAGAGACUUGUGCUACAUUCAUCAAAUUUUCAUCCGCAGAGACAUUACAAGUCAGUAGACACCCAGGUCUAAUUAAUGCUGCAGGUCUGCUGGGUGCCUGCAGUUGACACGUCUGAGUUGCUUCUCUGCUAAGCUCACACUAGGCUGCCAUCACUUGUGAGGAGCUGCAGAGGAGGAGGAGGAAGUCACAAGUGUGAGAAAUUCAUACUAAAUGUUGAAAUAUUAACAUGUUGCUUAAAUGGGAUUUAGAUUUAGC